AUGAAGUGCGACGAGUCCACCGAUGCAUUUGUUGCAGAUCUGAAGCGCCUCGCGGAGUUAUCCGGUCACAAAGUGACAGACGACAAAGAUCCUGUGGUAGUGCAGCAGUUGUUGAAAGGCCUCCCUGCCGACUACAACCGGCAAGUACGGCUCAGUCUCGUGGGAAAGGACAUGUCGAUAAGCGACUGUGUGUCUAUCGUUCGAGCUCUGAGAAUUUCAGAUGCCAGCGGAGGUGACAGUGUGUCAGCUGCCGCCUCGUCGGGUGGUGCAGCGACCAGGAGUGGUCCUACCAGUACCAAGUCACACUCACAGGCUGGAUCUAGCGCGAAGCCCUCGGGCCUCUGUUUCAAGUGUGGCGAGCCUGGGCACAUCCGCAGGAAUUGUCCCAGCAGAAGAGCAGGCGGAGGUGGAAGGAGCCAGCCGAUUACCUGUUUGUUCUGCGACGGUGCUGGCCAUGUAAAGGCUGACUGCCCUGAGAGGAGAGAUUGGCUGGCAAGGAAGGACAGGACUGCAGCUGCCGUGGAAAGUGCUCGCCCACAACCAGCUGUGCAGGAGAACGACCCAUGCCUAGUCUCCCUGGCCUCUCCUGGAAAGCUGCCUCGUAUGUACGUGGAUGUGUCUGCUGGAGCGGCGAAAUCGAGUGUUCGUGCGCGGGCUGUCGUAGACACCGGUUCAACUCGUACGCUCAUCUCGCGGUCCUUCGCCACUCAGCAUGGCAUCAGUCUUUCACCCACGGCUGCUCCACCCAUACUUGCCUUGGAUGGUAGUCCCCUAGAGCUAGUGGGGUCAGCUGCCGUUCGGUUGGCCCGUUCUGACGGUGCGGUCUCUCUGCCCGGCCUGGAAGUGCAAGCGUAUGUGGUCGACAAUCUGAGCGUGGUCAACGCUGAUGUGCUCGUCGGCAAUGAUGUGGUCAUUGGCAGUGGCGGGCUUCGACUGAAGUACUCCGGUGAUGGUGCCUUGAUCGGCGUGGAAUUUGGCUACGACCGAGUCGAUCCAGGGGACAGCAUGGGAGUCUGUGGUGCGUCUUCGAGCGGCGAUCGCCAUCCAUUUCCCAAUGUACGCGUGCAGCGUGAUGGUGAUGAUGUCACCCUGUCCACGGAUGACGGGGAUGUCACCUGGGACAGCAGCGCCCGUCGGUGGGUCCUCUCUUGGCGCUGGAAAUCAGGCAGUCCUCCGACUCAGCCGGUGGGACCUGGCGUGAGUGAGUACUCUCGCUCUAAGCUCACUUCUGACCAGGAGCAGCUGUUUGCAGAGGAGGUGCAGAAAUGGAUCGAUGCGGGUUGGCUCGUUCCUCACGACAAGGAUGUUCACGGAAGCCCUGGUGCUGUGUUACCGCUGAUUGCUCAGUUGCAGGAGCACAAAGCAUCAACGCCGGUUAGACCAUGUCUAGAUUAUCGGCUCCUCAACCAGCUGCUGAUGUCGCAGCCUGGCCGCUCAGCACCCGUCUGUGAGGAGACGCUGCGCAAAUGGCGACUGGCCGGUGACCCUCGGGAGUUUCAACUACUCGAUAUCAAGAAGGCCUAUCUCCAGGUGCACGUUGCACCCGAGCUGCAACGUUUUCAGAUGGUGGUCUGGCAGGGCCAAGCGUUUGUGAUGACGCGGAUGGGCUUCGGCCUCAACGUAGCGCCCAAGUUCAUGGAUAUCAUCGUCCGGUGGGUCACUAGAGAGUUUCCUGCUGUCGACAACUACGUCGACGACCUGAUGACUCCCGCUGCCGAGGCUGACGCAGUGGCCGCCCACAUGGCUGAGUACAGUUUGCCAACGAAGCCUGCAGAGGCGUUUGCUGAGUCCCGUGUGUUGGGCCUUCAGUUGACGAAAGGCGACGAUGGCCAAGUGCAGUGGUCGCGCCGUACCGACAUUCGCCUGAAGCUCGAGCAGCCGGCGACCAAGCGCGAUAUCUUCAGCUGGUGUGGUCGCCUGACGGGGCACGUGCCUGUCUGUGGUUGGCUGAGACCCGCAUGCAGCUACUUGAAGCGCAUGGCCAACGCUAGCGCUGCAUGGGAUGAACAGGUCCCAGCCUCACUCUUGAAGCUGUGUGGUGAAGUGGACGCGCGGCUAGCUGGUGAUGGUGAUCCUGCACAGGGCCAAUGGCGUGCCAACUCUCCCGAGCCUCGUCGCUGCGUAGUUUGGGCUGACGCGUCCAACAUCGGUCUUGGCGUCGUCCUGGAGAUCGAUGGCGCUGUCAUGGAGGAUCGUUCUUGGCUGAGACCCCACGGUGACGCGCGUCACAUCAAUAUCAUGGAGCUGGAGGCCGCUAUCCGAGGUCUUUCGCUGGCCGUGAGCUGGGAGAUGAAACAUGUGCGGUUGAUGACCGACUCCAAGACGGUUGCGAGUUGGCUCAGAGACGUCACUGGCGACGUGCGCCGGACGAGGGCGAAAGGACUGCACGGUGUACUAGUCCAGCGUCGACUCCAGAUUCUCGCCGACCUGAUUGCCACGGCAGGGCUCGUUGUCACGAUCGAGUGGGUGCCGACUGACCAAAAUCGUGCAGACGUGCUGACUCGAGUUCCUCCUACGUGGGUGAAGUUCUGCAAGGCGCUACUGGGCGACAGCGAAAGUGAUGUCGCAGGUGCAGCUGUAGUCCUGCCCGGACCAAUCCCUCUCGCGAAGAUUGUGGCGAAGCAAGGUACUGACGACCAGAUACUGGCAGCAGUGGCGCAGUUGGAGUCCGGUGCAACGGUUACUGCACCCUAUGCAGCAGCGGCGUCCCAACUGGAGAUUGAUGAUGGUGUCCUUGUCAGAAGCAUCAAGCUACCUGUCGAGGGCCUCGUUCGUGUUCCUGUCGUGCCGCAAUCGCUCGUUGCCGAUGUUGUCUCGAAUGCACACCAGAUCUCGGGACAUGCGAGCUGGGAGGUCAUGUAUCGCAUGAUCCGAAGCCGUUGCUUCUUCCCUGGCAUUGCUUCGGCUUGUCACCAACAUGUUGAUAGCUGCACGCAAUGCAAGUCUGCUAGUGGACGGAAGGGUGCCAGAGCUGCGCCGACCCGCGCCGACAUACCUGGGUCCCCAUGGAGCGAAGUCACGAUUGACACGCUGGAACUCGGCGGUGAUGGAAGCGGCAAAUACGGCUGUGUCCUCGUCUGUGUGGACAAUUUCACCAAGUGGGUGGAGGUGUGCCCGCUCCGCCGACAUGACGCUGUUAGUGUUGCUGCAGCCUUCUCGGCCAUGUGUUUUCGAUGGGGUGCUCCCGAGGUCGUGCGGCUGGACAACGGCGUGGAGUUCCGCAACGCCAUAGUGGAGUCUUUGUUUCGCCUGAUGGGUGUGCGUGUGCGAACCGGAGCAGUCCGUCACCCCCAGUCCCAAGGGACAGCAGAGAGGUUCAAUCGAACGCUCCUCACCCUCAUCCGCAAGACCCUCGAAGAGUCACCGAAUUGGCGUGCUGACCUCGAUGUGCUGCUGUUUUAUUACCGCAAUCGUCCGCACGGCUCGACCCAUUUGUCACCCAUGGUGGCAAUGAGCGGAUGGCAGCCUCGCCAUAUCAUCAUUGACGACGUGAAGGAAGCGUGCGAUAUGACCCAGUGGGCGUCAGAGUUGUCGUCGCGCGUAGCUCGUGUGCGGGAUAUCAUUGAGACGGAGCUCUCAGCCCGGGAUUUCAUUGACUCACCGAACGAGCCCUGCGCAUACUCUGUGGGUGAUCCUGUCCUGUUACUGCGGCCUGGACGAAGGCAGAAGCGGCUGUCCCCGUAUGAGCCUGGAUGGAGUGUUGCGGCUAUCGUCUCGCCAUCGACUGUGGUCAUAGCCAGACAAGAUGAGCGCCAGCACCCAAAGACCGUGAACGUCGAUCUGCUGAAGCCUGAUUCACCCGACAACCCUGUGAUGCGCACGACGGCCGCUGAGAGUCAGGCAGAUGACGGCGCGGCAGCCGAUGCUAACGAAGAACCAGACCUGCUCGGCAUGGAAUUAAUGCCAGCCCAAGCAGACGCUCCGGAUGGUAAUCGCUACAGCUUGCGAGAUCGAAACGCAAUCCAGCCCCCGGUCCGUUACAGCUAA